CGCCUGCGCCUCCUCCCGGCGCCGCGCGGCCGGACCGCCGGCCUCCUCUUCAUCCUCCCGCGUCCUCCCGAGCUCGCGACGCCGCCGCUGGAGCCCGCAUCCUCCGCCUCCCGCUGCCGCCGCGACCCCGCACCGGGAACCGAGCCGGCGCGGAAAACCGCAAGGCGCGCGCGCCCCCUCCCCAGACCGCGGCGCCGAUCCCCGGACGCGCGGCACCCCCACCCGCGGCUCCGCGCGCCUCGCCCUGAAACCACCCUCCGCGGCCCCCUCCCGACCCUCGGGCCCCCAGGACUCCCCUCCGGUCCUCCCCUAGGAAAGGGGCCCCUCGCCAAGUCUCCGCCUUCCCGUCCUCCCCCCCCACACACACACUGUCAAUGUCGCUGUCCAGCGUCCGCCGCCUUAGGAACGCCACCCCACCUGGGCUUCCUUCUCCAGGGACCCCCUGGGCCCCACCCCCAGGACCUCCCACCUCUGGAAGCCCAACAUUUGCUUUUCCCAAUCCCCUCGGCGGCCCGUCUCCACGCCCACCUGCCUGGACCCGGAAGCCCGAAGAAGUUAGCCGGGGAUUUCAACCAUAGGGCAGGCGGAGCAGAAUUUGAAACAGCAUCCUGCGGGUCCUGCGCCUGGCGAAUGAUGAGUCGCCAGAAAGCAAAGACGCAGCCCUGCCUCGUUUCCAGGGAAACGAGAUUUGGAGCUGCUGCGUGUUGCAGAGCUACCCCUCUGCUCCCCAAGGGAGCCCUGCGAAUGGCUGGGUCUGGGGAGGAAGGGAUUGAGGACGCCUACUCCAUGAAGGGUAGAGAGUCUGAACCAGAAGAGUCAAGCCAAGAAACAUCAAUCAUCCUGAAGGAGUCUUCAGAGGUUGAAGUCUCAGUGAAGCUGGCCAUGCCCAGCAGUGGGAUCCAGAAUAAGUGGGGCCCAUCUCCCAAGAGAGAAUUUCCAUUCUUCAUCUCCAUCGUGAAGACACAGCUGGACCACCUCUGCAGGAGUCUGCACUGUUGCUGUACUACAAAGAACAGAGACACUUCUCUGCUUUGGUUUCCUUCAGAAAUGGACCUGGCUCUAUCUCCCACAUACUCUGGCCUCCACCUGGGUUGGGACUUGCUUCUACCUGUGGAACUAAGCAGGGUUCUUGUGUUUCCUGUGUUCUUGUCCUCAUUUGUAAUCAACAUGCUGCUGCUGCCUGCCACACUGCUCCUUGUAUUCCUGGACUGCCAAAGCCAGGGCUGGACAGUCCUGGUGGAGCCUUUCUUCCUUAGCAGACAUCAGUAGACACAACCAUCCUGCAAAUCAAACCUUCAUGUACGGCAAACAAGAGCACAGUGGCUGGAUGAGCUCUCCAGAUUUUUCAAAGAAACCCUCACAGAGAUGCUCAGGGAUGACACUGGAGUUUCAUCUGAGGCAUGGAGUCACAAGCAGACAGAACAAUUACUGGUACGAUUAAAAGAAGGCCUCCUGACAAACAAUAAGAGCACAGGUGCCAGGGUCUUCCUCCCCUUGAAGUAACUCAAAUGCUGCCCAGAAGGCAGCAAGUGUGGUUUGCCAGCACUAGGCAUUACACAAGGUGAUACAGUAACUGAGCAUCAAAGCAGUCCUCCACUACAUCAUGUACCAGCUUGAGGGUUGCCAGCAAUGGUGCCGGCUGAGGAGCCCAGGCAGAGUCAAAAGACCUUCCUGGGUUUAAGAGACAGGGUUGUGCUCAGGGGACCAAACUAAAUGUGUAUAAGUUUGAUUUUUGUCAACGAUACUUCAAUGCAACUGUGAAAAGUGUGCUAAAAGCACACUGUAAAAUAUUAAAUGUCAGUCAGAAGUGACAAAGCUAGAUAAAGAAGCAAUGUGGUUUAAUCAUAUAUAUAUAUGGUGCUUAACCAUAUGUAAGUGAAUGAAUUGAUAAUGAUGGAUGAUGGAUGGAUGAAUGGAGUGGCUAGAUGAAUGCAUAGCUAGGCAGGUAGAUGGGUAGAUGAUAGAUAGAUAGAUAGAUAGAUAGAUAGAUAGAUAGAGAUAUAAAAUUAGAUAUGAAAGGGACCCUAGACCAAAGAUGAUAUAUACAAGUACUAGAAGUGGGGAUAGGAAGUUAAAACUGGAGUUAAUAGCAUGCCCUGUGCAAAGGUUAUAACCUCAAAUGAGUUCGGCUUAUAACAACCAUGAUUCUGUCUCCCUUUGGUUUUCUCUAAAUUUUAUAGUUAGAGGAUAGCUGAGAUAAAUCUUUUUCAUUCUGGAACCACAGCUGUGGAAAAAGUUCUUUUGUAGAUGUGAUAUCUCUGUGGACAAAGAAUGAGGACAAUGGCCCCAUGCCAUGACAAUUAGAAGGAGCUUUCUGGCUUUUCCCUAAAUUCUUUCAACAAUGCCACAGGUCAGUAUCUUGAGGACAAUUGCCAGGUAGAACUGACUUCUCACUGUAAUAUCAGCACUACUUCAAACACAGAAGCACUUUAUCCAACCCUAGAGUCUGAGGUCUCCUCAAUCAGACCUUGGUUUUCCUCACAGGAGGUAAUUGAGCCAGAACAUUCCUGCUUUCAGAAAGGUCUUUCUGAUCUUGGGUAUGACUCUACAUUUCUGUACCAGUGCUCAGUUAUUUCUCUGGGUCCCUUAACAUUUCUUAAAUGAGUGAGUGAGUUCCUUAAAUAAUGUUUCUUAAAUAGGCUCUGCUCAUUUAAAGCCCAAAUGUUCUGCCCUCAAAGCCAGGGAGGCUCCCCAGCCCCCACAUGGGACUCUGUGGUGAACAGGCAGCCUUUCCCUUAGAGACAGGACACUAUCCCUCAGGUCAACAGAUGCACCAGGCACUCUGGCUAUAGCCCUUUGGAAACAGGUUGCUGAACCUGCACUAAUCUUAGAGCCACAUUCUGCCUUCCGGCUGAACAAGCUGUAGACAGCCAUCCACUUCCAGAUCCUCACAGCAACAACCUGGGCCUGAGCAAUGUUUUCCCUCCAAGAGACAGAUGCCAAACUCAUCUUCACCCUGAAAGGCUGGCUCCGGGGUCAUCUUGGGGUGAAUGAUGAACCAGAGUCUGGCCACCAGGGCAUACAUGACCCAGAUGGCUCCUGCUCAGAGCAUCAGAAACAACGGCUUCCUAGUACCGACCAGGUUGCCUGCUGGUGAUAAGGUGGUGGCUGCAGGACUACAAAAACCCGUACCCCAACGUCUGCAGACCAUGUGCUAUCCAGUGGCUCAUCGUGUAGGGUUAGAAACCACCCAUGGGCACAGCCCAGGAAGAAAGAGCUGCUACUUCUUCCUCUCCUUUUUCCUCUUCCUCUUCCUCUUCCUCUUCCUCUUUC